AAAGCAUAGAAACAAUGUGGGACCAAGCAAACCUAUUUCUCAGCCACGAAGAAACAUUGUAGGCUGCAGAAUACAGCAUGGAUGGAAGGAAGGGAGUGGACCUGUAACACAAUGGAAGGGCACAGUUCUUGAUCAAGUUCCUGUAAAUCCCUCCCUUUAUCUUAUAAAGUAUGAUGGAUUUGACUGUGUGUAUGGACUAGAACUGCACAAAGAUGAAAGAGUUUCAGCACUUGAAGUUCUUCCAGACAGAGUUGCUUCAUCUCGAAUUAGUGAUGCCCACCUGGCAGACACAAUGAUUGGUAAAGCUGUGGAACAUAUGUUUGAGACAGAGGAUGGCUCAAAAGAUGAAUGGAGGGGGAUGGUUUUGGCUCGAGCUCCUAUUAUGAACACAUGGUUUUAUAUUACCUAUGAGAAAGAUCCCGUCUUGUACAUGUACCAACUCUUAGAUGAUUAUAAAGAAGGUGACCUUCGCAUUAUGCCUGAUUCAAAUGAUUCACCUCCUGCAGAACGGGAACCAGGUGAAGUUGUGGACAGCCUGGUAGGCAAACAAGUGGAAUAUGCCAAAGAAGAUGGCUCAAAAAGGACUGGCAUGGUCAUUCAUCAAGUUGAAGCCAAACCAUCUGUCUAUUUCAUCAAGUUUGAUGAUGAUUUCCAUAUUUAUGUCUACGAUUUGGUGAAAACAUCCUAGACGUCAUCAUGAACUUUUGCCAAAUUUGUGGAACUAUUAAAUGUAAAAUUUGUAGACACAAAGACUUGACUGCUUUCCAGUUUAAUGAAAGCUUAAAUGUCCCUGCGAACCCACAAUCUCUGCCAGCAAAACUGUUUUGUUCUGAAUAAUAUAAACAAACGUGACACAUUUUGUGUAAGAGAACUCCUUUUCUUGAAGGAAGUCAAUGUAUUUGGGCAGGAGGGAGUUAAAAGCAAAGAACAGCUGCAAAUUCAAGCUGUGUAAAGUUGAUCUAGUAUUGUAAUCAUUAAUCUAAAUUGUUUCCUAGAUUUUAACUUUUUCUUCAACCUUGCACUCACUUGUUCAACUGCCACAUGCAAGUGUAGUUUGAUAUUUUGAUAUGCCUUCUUUUGUAACAUUAAAUUUAAUUUCUUGGCUACUGGCAGUCCUUGUUUUCAGGGUUGGGACAGAGGUGACUUUCUGAAAGAUUUGAACACUUUGUGCAGCAUUGAGGAGUGCCUAACCCAAGUAACAUCAAUCUGCUGUGUUUCUACACUUUAUUUCAAAUUUAGCUUUUUAAGAACUGGCAGUACAUGGAAAUACUUGUGCAUUUUUGCUAGUCACAGGGCAGUAGGGUAUCAAGUGUUUGACUUAGCACCUUUCAGUGAAAAGGCUUUAAACCAUAAAAAUAUAUUUAAUCUGUGUAACCAGUUAAUUAGAAAAUGCAGGUUAAUGGCCCAUAUUUACAAGUUGUAGGAACCAGUAAAAUACAUGCAACAAGGCUGCCUUCAAUUCUAAAUGUUGUACUUCUUUCUUUCUUUGUUAUACACACUACUUAGCAAAACCCAAGUGCUUGGUGCCACAACUUUAACAGUAUAUAUGCUACUUCAAAAAACUUUAGACUACACAUUGGCAAUUGGUAGUCUCUCAUUUAAUAUCAAAAUCUAGCAACCUGAAUGUUUGUGUGUGGACAUAGAAGCCUAACAGUAGUUAAUAUUUUACAUGGUAAAUACAAUCUCAUGGCAGGGGGGGGGGGGGGUGUCUUUUUGCAUUGAAGACUUACUUUAGAGAAGGAGGAGCAUUUGUUGCCUUCUGCUCAGUCUGUCGCAUUCCUCUCUUUGGUUUGUUUAUUUAAACAUUUUGGUUCAAGAAGGCACCUUCCCAAUUUGUUCUUUUUCUGGCUUUUCCACAUAAGGAGUGUCCGGACAAAUCUACAGCUUAAACCUGUUGUUGCCUUUUGUGGUGUACAUUUGUACUUGCUUUGAGGUAUGCUGUUAAUGUGAAUUUCAUUCUAUGAACACUAGAGUUCUGCAUGCCAGUGGUGUACUAUCUAAUGGAAGCUAUAGGCAGUCUCAGUGGUUCAGUCAUCUGCAUUAGACUGUGGAUGUAAAUAGCAGCCCACAACAGCAAAAUCCUUUCAUGGUUUUAAUCUUGCAAGAUAGUUGUAAAUGAAAAUUAGGGUUUUUUAAGUGUGGCAGCUUUUAAAGUAUCAGAAUUGCAACAACGAUCAGCACAGCAACAGACAUGUCAUGUUACAUUAAGGCAGAGCUCUGCAAGUUUCAAAGAACUGCUUCACAGAAAUAACAGUAUGUGAAGACAGUCAACACUGUCGAUGGAAGGAACAAAUACUCUGAUAUCCAACCGUAUGCCAUUAGUGGAAGGAUGCGGGAGAGGUGCUGUUAAUCAGAGAUCAGAGGUCCAGAUGUCCUCUGUUGUGGGUAUUCUUGAUAUUGAAGACUCAGUGGUUUAAGCCCCUUUCUGUCCAUUUUUUUGCCUGAUUUCAUAUUUUAGCCUUAAGGCUUGUGCCUCAUUAUGCUGUUGAAUGGUAAUAAAUACUCUCCAUAUAAAUAUGAUACCUUAAUUCUUUGUCCAUUGCUACUAUAUUGCAUUAUGUCCAGUAUUCCAUCAUGGGCAACCAAAGGCAGGCUAUUGUCUUUCAGUGAAUAGCUUCUCAAUGCAGUCCUUAAGCACUAAGUACCUGAGUCGUAAAUGUUCCUUGUGUUUUGAACAGAGUGAGCAGAUUUGCAACAUGGUGUUUUCAUCCUGCAGAUCUGUUAUGUGUUUUCUAUUGACUCUUAAGAGUCCUGCAUGUAAAUCUCAAAGCUGAGCCUGGCUCCAUGAGCCCAAGUUGAUAUUUGUGGCACAAGAAUGAGUGAGUGUAUUGAUUAUACACAAGAUACACGAAUAACCUAGUACACUGAAUUUUGGGCUAUAUAUCUGAGGAAUACAAGGUUUGUUUUGAAAUAUCUGAUGUUUAGGUGUACUGGAACAUUUUUAGCAUUAGGCUUGCAUUUGUGGGUUUUCUGCAAGCCUCUUGAAUAUACCACGUAUUCUGCCAAUUAGAGUAUAAUCUAUAAACUGUAAAUUUUAUGGUUGUUUUUAGAUGUCCCCGCUGUCUGUUGUGUGGGUAUUUCUUUUCAUCUUUUUUCUCUGUUUUUUUUUCUUUUUUUUUUCUUUUUUUUUUCUUUUUUUUUUUUUUUUUUUUUUUUUUUUAAACACAUUUUUUUGGGUUUUUGCAAUUAACCACCUUUUUGAGGCUUGAGACUAAUUCCACUCCCUGCCCAUCUGCUUUGGGCUUUGUUUUAGGCUCAUGUUUCAGAUCUGCAUGCAGUGCUUGCGUUACCCUGGUAACUAAAUGUUGGUUCCUUGUUAUAGGGGUUCAACAUUACUUUCCAAAAUCACACAGGGCUUGUGAUGGCACAAGCCAUGGAUCUUUGUAUAAAAGUUAUUCGCCUUUCACAUUUACCUGCUGUAGUAUUGUUGUAUAUUGUGUGUGUGCGUGUGUGUGAUGUCAGGCUGCCAUGUAAAACUUUUUAAAAGGAAAAAAAAACAACCAACCUUAAAUGCAGACCAUCCUUUUUUGCAUGCUUAGAGGGUUAGAACGUUCAAUGUAACAAACUAAAGUUGCAUGUUAAAAUGUUUAGGUUUUUGUUUUGUUCUGUUUUUAUUUUGUGUUCAGUUUUUUGUGAAUUUGCUUAUUGUGCUGUUUUAAUGGUUGUUAGUAGGAUUAAAUGCACCGGUGAGACGAGCAUAGUGCCAACGGAAGGUAAUUUUCCAGUUGUAUGUGUCAUACAGCAUUUGAAGGGACCAUGUAUUCUGUUAAAGAAAAAAUAAAAUCGCAGUUGAUUAGCAAAACACAACAUUUUCCUUCUUUCUUUUGAGUGCCAAACCUUAAACUAUGUUGGAGUAGACUAUGGGGAAAACCCUUUUCAUUGCAACAGGUAGAAGCCACCUUUAACUGAAUUAUUUAAAAGUGGAGGCUUUAUCUUCAGAUAGAAUUGACUAGUUGCUUCAGGGAAAAGAAUUAUGGUAAAAACAGUUUCUGGUUCCUUGAAAAUGCUGUGCUUUUUGUAUUUUACAUCAUUAGUGCAAUUUGGAUGGUUCUUGGUAUGUGUAUAGUUCAAAGGUCUUCGUGUUCACAUUUUAGAAUUAGGUAAUUACUUCAUCUUUAGAGCUUGGUUUCAUUAUUUUUAUUUUAUUUUGAACAAUGUAGACAGUUCCCUGUUCUCUGCAUUUAGAAGUAUAAACACUUUAAAUCUGUUACUUAAUUCUGUAAGUAAUUUUUAUAAUUAUGAUGUAACUCUAUCCUUAAAACAUUUAAAAUAAACCCUUUAUGUGCAACUUA